AUGGCACCAAGCCAACUCAGCAUCGCGACGGGCUCCGUCUCGCGGCUCGUCAAGGAGGAGAGAUAUUAUCGCAAGGAGCUCACGCAGCAAAAGGAAAAGCUCGCCCAGGAGAAGCAGUCACUGGGCCCUGACGCGGGUUACAAUGACAAUUUUAUGAUUAAGCAGAUGGAAACGGCAAUACAAGAGACCGAGAGGGUGUUUGAACCGCUGCGGGUCAAGAUCGAUGAGGCUGUGCGAAAGCUUGAGGAGCAGAUUGCGCUGAGCGAGAGCAAGGAGCACACGCCUGCGGAGGACCUGAAGAAGGCCAACGAGGCUCUCGAGUCUGCAAAGACGCAACAGAAUGGGGCCGAGGCUGCCGAGUAA